AUGAUGGUGGGCUUACCGGCACGUGGCAAAACGUACAUGGCUCGAAAAUUAGCUCGAUAUUUGCAUUGGAUUGGAAUCAAAACAAAAGUAUUCAAUGUUGGCGACUAUCGUCGUGAUGCUGUAAAAUUCUAUGCAGGCAAGGAAUUUUUUGAUCCUGACAAUGCUGAAGCAGUAGCAAUUCGAAAUCAAUGUGCCCAGAAUGCAUUGGAAGAUAUGUGUAACUUUCUUCAGAACGAAGGUGAAGUGGCCAUAUUUGAUGCAACCAAUACGACCCGUGAGCGACGCCGUACAAUAUACAAUUGUUGUACUGAAACAUACUGUUUUCGUGUGUUUUUUGUCGAAUCAAUUUGUGAUUCGCAAGAAGUCAUUGAAGCAAAUAUUCGAGAAGUGAAACUCAAAAGUCCUGAUUACAAAGACAUACCACAAGCAGAAGCCGUCGUAGAUUUUCUUUCACGUAUUGAACUCUAUGAAAAACAGUAUGAACCCAUUGAUGAUAAGAUAGAAGAAAAGCAUUAUUCAUUUAUCAAAAUUUAUAAUUGUGGUGAACGAUUUCUUGUUCAUAAGAUCGGUGGCAAUAUUCAAAGUCGUGUCGUUUAUUUUCUCAUGAAUAUCCAUGUUCUUCCGAGAACUAUCUAUCUUACUAUGCAUGGUGAAUCAGAAAUGAAUGUUCAACAGCGUAUAGGACGCAAUUCACCCUUAUCACCAACUGGCAAAGCGUAUACCGACGCUCUCGCCCAAUACAUCGCGAAUGAAAACAUCAAAGAUUUGAUUGUUUGGACAAGUCAAAUGCAACAAGCGAUCGACACAGCAGCAAAAAUCAAUGCUCCCAAGGAGCAAUGGAAAGCACUCAAUGGAAUUCAUGCUGGUAUUUUCGAAGGUUUGACCUAUCAAGAUGUAGCUGAGCGCUAUCCUGAAGACUUUGCUGCUCGUAAUCGAUCAAAAUACUACUAUCAAUAUCCGGGUGGAGAGUCUUAUCACGAUCUUGUUGCUAGACUCGAAUCAGUGAUUAUGGAACUGGAAAGAGCAGAAAACGUACUUGUUAUUACUCACCAAGCUGUAAUUCGUUGUAUUCUUGCUUACUUUCUCGACAAAGAUCCUGAGCGUCUACCUUAUAUGAAAGUGCCAUUGCAUACAGUAAUUAAAUUGACACCGAUGGCUUAUGGAUGUAUGAUGGAACGUAUACCACUAUCGUUUGAAACUGCAAACACAAAUCGUAGUAAACUGAAGAAUUGUGAACCCAAUCUAGCAGUUGUAGAGGCACUUAAUGAAUUUCCCAGAGUACGUCCGGAAAUCAAGAUUGGUCCAAGAACAACUCAGGUCAUUUACCAGAAUACUGGUACAGCUUUUGAAACAACUGACGCACAUGGGAAUCGAAUACAACGUAUGGACAGUACGAUUAGUGAUGUUACAUGGGAUAAUAGUUUUCCAUCGGUUCACGAUAGUAAUAUCUAA